AUGGAGCUCCUCCAUAUAAUACUCUUCCUCACCAUCGCCGCCGUCUCCUUACUCUCCUUCACCAUUACCAACAAAACAGCACAGAACAAAACGGCGUCCAAACGGCGGCGCAAUCUCACCCACAACCCGCCGCCAGCACCAUGGAAGCUCCCGGUGCUGGGCCACCUCCACCACUUCCUCACCAGCCCGGAGCCGCCCCACCGCCGCCUCCGCCAGCUGGCCAGAACCCACGGCGACGUCAUGCAGCUCCACCUCGGCGAGAUCCGCCACGUCAUCAUCUCCUCCGCGGAAGCGGCGAAAGAGGUGAUGCGGACCCACGACAUCAAGUUCGCCCAGCGGCCCUUCCACCCGCACCAGGCCAAGAUCAUGUACGGCGGCAUCAACCUCAUCCACUCCCCCUACGGCGAAUACUGGCGCCAGCUCCGCCGCAUCGCCACCCUCGAGCUCCUCACCGCCAAGCGCGUCCAGUCCCUCCGCCGCGUCAGGGAGCCCGAGGUCCUCGCCCUCAUGCGGACCAUCGCCGCCGAGCCCAACUCUUUUGGUUGUGCUGCGGACCCUGGUCAGAUCGAUGUCGUCGACCUGACCAGGGCCCUGUUCAGCCUGACGUACAACAUCAUCUCGAAGGCCACGUUCGGUGACGUGUCGGCGGAGCAGGAGGAGUUCAUCGAGAUCGCGGAGGCGCUGGUGAAGUACGGCGGCGGGUUCGGUUUGCCGUACCUGUUUCCUUCGAGCGGGUUGGUGCAGAGGUUUUAUGGGACGGAGGAGUGGCUGGAUAAAAUGCACGAGGGAACCGACCGGCUGGCGGAGAGCAUCAUCCGCCAGCACAGGGAGAGGAGGGCGGUGAGUAGGAAAUCCGAGGACGAGGAGGAUUUGCUGGACGUGCUGUUGAAUCUGCAGGAAGAUGGGACCACGCUUGGUUUCGAGUUGUCCACCAAUUCCAUCAAGGCUUUCCUUCUGGACGUUUUCUUAGCGGGAAGCGAGACCCCGUCAUCAUUGACCGAAUGGGCGAUGACGGAAAUGAUUAAGAAUCCAGAAGUGUUGCGAAAGGCACAGUCGGAGGUGAGGGGAAUGUUCGGCGAAAAGGGAAGGGUCGACGAAGCCAAGAUCGAAGAACUGCCCUACCUUAAAAUGGUCAUCAAAGAGACACUACGGCUGCACACUCCGGCGCCGCUGGUGCUUCCCCGGGAGUGCCGUGAGGAGUGCCAGAUUGGCGGAUACGACAUCCCCUUGAAGACCACGGUGGUCGUGAACGUGUGGGCGAUAGCUAGGGAUCCUCGCUACUGGGGGGAAGAAGCCGAGAAGUUCUGGCCGGAGAGGUUUUUGGAGAGCAACGUCACUUUCAGAGGAGGCGAUUUCGAGUUCCUGCCAUUUGGUGCGGGGAGGAGAAUGUGUCCGGGGAUGACGUUUGGGUUGGCGGCCGUCGAACUUCCUCUGGCUAACUUGUUGUACCAUUUCGACUGGAAACUUCCAGAUGGAGUCGAGCCGGAGAAUCUAGAUAUGGAUGAAAUAUUCGGCAUCACCAUCAGGAGGAAGAACCAUUUGAAGCUGAUUCCCGUUCUCCAUAACCCGGUACCCAAUUUGUGAUUUCGAUAUAGUCGUGUUCUAGACUCAAACCUGUUGUCCCCUCGGCCAAUAUGCUAAUAAGAGACACCCUGGUGGGAUGGUUUAAAUUAGGUAAUGUAUAUCAAUGGUGUAUGCAUUUCAUGAUUAUGUGGUAUUUGAAAUUGUGGGCUUGUUGUCCAUUCGGAUAAAUGUGUGCUUGUUUACUCCAAGAAACAUAUGGAGAAGAUGUUGUACGUGCUACUACUCCUUUGCGUCCCACUUGCCAAGAAGAC